AUGGUUUGUGAUGAUUGUCAAAAAAAAGUCGGUAAAGUUGCCACUCAAGAUGUAUGGAAAAGUGGAUCACGCAAUACUAUUGAAAGUGGUGGUAAAAAAUUAAAUGAAAAUAAAUUAUUAACAGGAAAAUCAUCUCGAUAUAGUCCAUAUACAACGAAAUUCAACAAAUGUAAAGUUUGUAAAGCAACAAUUCAUCAACCAGGCAGUACUUAUUGUCAAGGUUGUGCAUAUAAAAUGGGUAUCUGUGCGAUGUGUGGUGUAAAAAUUUUACAAACAAAAAAUUAUCGUCAAUCAGUUGUUUAA